GGUAGAGGAAAAUGAAGAAGGUGCUGAAAAUAUACGGCGGCAUUUUAAGGCUGGUGAGGCUUUUGCCGGCGGACACAAGGCCGUAUUACGCCAAGUACGCCAGGGAGAAUUUCGUUAAUUACCGUGAAGUUGAUCAAAGCGAAACAUCUCUCGACGAACUCUUCCAACGAGCUUACAAUCACUCACUCUGGGUACUCAAGAAGAAAGAAAGAAAAAAAGAAAAGAGAAAGCAGCAGUUACUAAGAAACGAAACAUCAGCUUCGAGUAAAUCAAAACUACAGUUUUCUCGGGCCAGCCUUCUUCCACGAACGUAG